UGCUGACGUCACACGAGGAGUUAGUGGAACCUCCUAUCACUUUAUAUUCGCCUAGUACAAAGUGUAUAUUUCGAGCCGAUUCCGCUAGAUGGCGCCACGAGCGCCUCGCAACAUCACGUGACGUUAGUAUAAGAAAAGACUGUUCUUGUUUUUAACAAUUACAAGUUUAAGUUAUCGCGUGCAUUCUGUAUUUUCUUAGUUUCCCUUCGAUUCCCAAGAUCUCAAUUGUUAAUAUAAGUGAAUGACGUUACCGAAUAAUACGAGAUAUUGUAAUUGAAUGAACAAUUUUACGAGUAACGUGAAUAAUCAUUGAGAAAUGUCUGACAGCGAAGACGACGAUUUGCAAUUGUGCCCUGCGACCCUCGCAGCUCUAAACGAAUUUCUUUUAGAAAAAGAAGAGAAGGAAAAUCGAUUGAAACAAAGUCUGGAAAGUGAAAGUCUCGACGUUUCCUUCGACGAAAAUUGGCAAUUGAGCCAGUUUUGGUAUGACAACGAGACGACCGAUGCUCUGGUAAGAGGAGCUAUUAAAUCCACGGAAUCUGAUGGGAGAAUCGCUCUAAUUUCAUGUCCUACGCUUUACAACAAAUUGAAAAAGAAUUGUGGUAAUAGAAAAGUUACCCUCUUUGAAUACGACGAACGUUUCAAGGUAUAUGGCUCUGAUUUUGUACCGUACAACUACAAAUUUCCUUUGGACGUACCUCGAGACUUGUCGAACACGUUCGAUUUGGUGAUAGCCGAUCCACCGUUUCUUUCUGACGAGUGCCUGACGAAAACUGCUCUUACGAUCAAGCUUCUGGCUAAGAGGAACAUCGUCCUCUGCACUGGUUCUGUCAUGAAGGAAUUGGCCGAGAGACUGUUGGACCUGAAGACUUGUCGUUUUCUACCUAAACAUCAAAACAAUCUGGCAAACGAAUUUUAUUGUUAUUCCAAUUUCGACUUCGAUCGAAUGUUGAAGAAGGAGGAUGAAACGUUAUGACAUAGGAACUUUAUUCAUAGAAAUCCCCGAAUGGCUGAUUCCUUUCCAUUUCCAAGCCUGACUACGGAGUUUCCCCUCAAGAAAGUACAUGGAAGUCCCGAAUAAAAU